UGCAUUUUCACGCUUCCUGGCCAGCAUGCUCAAGCAGUACGUGACCGAGGCCAAGGCCAAGCUCAAGGACGAGGCCUACGAGGCCGCGCUCGCAGCCAGCGCCAAGGCCCUCGAGCUCGACGGACUCAACUUCCAAGCGCUGCUCUGUAUGGGCAAGAGCCACUUCCACUUGCACGAACCGACCAAGGCCGUCGACGCCUACAAGCGCGCAGCGGCCAUCCAAGCCGACGUGCCGUUUGCCUGGAAGGGCAUGCUCGAAGUCUACGAGAGCACGGCCGACCACGCCAAGAUGCUCGAGCCUCUGGAGAAGCUCUCGGCCAUCGUUUACGCGAAUGGCAAGUUUGAUCGGUGCCAGAAGAUGCUUUUGGACAUGGCGAUCGCCGCGACACUCGCCAAGGACUAUGCCAAGGCGCUCGCGUCCUGGCACCCGCUCCUCGUCAAGGAAAAAGCACGCCCCGAGCUCUUCGCCGAGGAGAACCCGAACGACGAGUUGCCGCCAAGCGUCGACAUGUGGCUCUCGGUGCUCGAUCUUGUCCAGGCAAUUCCCAAGACAGCAGGCCCGUUCCAAGCGCCGGAAGCUGUCUUGUACGCACUGGUGGGUAAGAUCCGGGCCGUGGCGACAACGACCUCGGGCUGGGUGUGCUCGGACAAGGUGGCGGUUGUCCUUGACGCGUACGCUGACCUGGCACUCACGCGGCUCGUUCAACCGCAAUCGACAACAAAGAACCUCGAUCGCCAGACCCUCGAUGCGAUCUGCCGCGAUAUGAUUACAUGGUGCCCCGUCGCCAAGCGCGCGGCCGAGAUUCUCUUGCUGCGCGCCGAAGACAGCGACGGCGCCCUGGAUGCGACCCAAAAAAGCACGUGCGAGUCCAUUUUGCGCCACGUCGACCCGGACAACCUCCUCCUCAUGGCCAUCGACGGGCUUGCCAUGCACGCAGCCAAAGCCUACGUCCCGGCGCGGGAGACGCUGACCAAGUGCAUCGCGGCGGGUCCGCACUUGCUGGCGGCGCGCGUCGCCCUGGCGGAGAUUGCGAUGGUGCCGGGCCCGACGUUCCAACCGCAGGUCUGCCUCGACAUGAUUGCGAGCGCCCAGGACGCGGUGACGUGGCGCUAUGACAACCUCUUGACGGCGCCGUCGCUGGCCAUCUUGGACGAGACCCACUUGAGUUUGCUUUCGGGCGCCGCGUACCGCGCGCUCCACAAAUAUGCGGAUGCGAUCGUGUGCUACGAAGGCAUUUUGGAGCACGCGCCACUGCUCGAAGCACCCGCGAUUGGGCUCGCAGAAGCGUACUUGGCCCAGCGCGACGUGGUGUUGGCUGCCAACGCCCUCCAGUUCCUCAGUGAGGAGCCAACGUCGGUCGCACUCGCGGCCGCCCGUGGCUAUCUCUUGUACCUCCAAGGCGACCUCGACGCUGCUCGCCGCCUCCUGGAAGCGGGCAGCGCGCUCACGGGCGAGGCCCUCGACCUCGCGUGCCUCAAGCGCCGGCUCGCCGACGUGUACUGGGACUUGGACGGCGAGUAUCGGCGCGACAAGGCAUUUUGCGUCAGCGCACUCCUCUCGGCGGCCAAACUCAAUUCGUUUGACGCCGAGAGCUUUGCCGGCCUCGGUCGCUGGUACCUCGACAUUGCUUUGGACCUCGUGCGCGCGGAAAAGUGCUUCUUGAAAGCGCUCUCGCUCAACCCGCACUGCGAGCGCGCCGGCACGCUCCUCAGCGGCCUCUACGAAGCGCACGACCAAGAAGAUCGCAACGUGCGUCUCUGGACCGACAUGACCAUGACCGCCGACGGCGUCAUGGCGCCGAUCUGGGCGUUGCGCCGUCUGGCCCAGCACCAAUUGAACGCCCACGACGAAGCUGCGAUCGCGUCGAUGCACAAGGUGCUGCGUCAGGCCCCGUCCGAUGCGUCCUACUGGGCUGCCCUCGGCCACGUGUAUGCGAGCUUUGGCCGUGUCAUGGCCGCGCAAAAGUCGUACGCCAAAGCGGUGAGUCUUGGCAUGGACACCAACCCGUCCGUCUUGGCCGAGCUCGCGCGGAUCGAGCUCUCGGUCGGCCUCUUUGACGAAGCGCUCGCGCAUCUCCGCACCGCGGCCGCGCACGUGGUCGCGAACGACAUUGCCGUGCGCAAGCUUCUUGCAGAGACGUUGUUUCAGCACGCCAAGUUCCUCUGCGGCCAGGGCCUCUACGGCCGCGCGGCCGCCCAUUUGUGCGAAGCCUCGGGCUUGCUCCAAACGUGCUUGGAGACGGCGAGCAACGAGCCCGCGCUGCACAAGCUCCUUGGUGACGUGCACUGCUUCGCCUUCUACUUGGCGCCUGGCGACUUUGCAUCCUGGGUCGACUUUCUCAGCGCUGGCACGGCCGCGUACAAAACCGUGUCGGUUAUGGAGCCCAACGAGCCCGCGGCGUGGUUGGACCUCGGUCUUGGCCAUUGGUACGAAGCCAUGGCCCGGGGCGCGGUCGACGGCGUGCCCAUGGGCAAGCUCGCGCUGCAGCACGCCCCGGUGUACCCCUCGUCGAUCGAUCAGCUCAUGCACGACGCGUCGACCGCGUUUGCGCAGGCGCUUGCACUCGAGCCGCUGAACGCACACGCGUGGAAUGCGUUCGGUGCGGUGCAACGCCAGAUUGUGCUCAAGCACUUUGGCUUUGUGCGCGCGAUCCAGCUCGCGAACUUGGACUGCGCGUGGGCAAACCUCGGCAUGCUUAUCCUCCAAGGCGUGAACCCCAACAACCCCGCCAUGUGGACGGGCUACGGUCUUCUCGAGAUCGAGAAGGGCGAUGCGAGCCAAGCCCACGCAGCGUACACGUGUGCCCUCCAGAUGCGCCUCGAUUUGGACGUGCUCUACGGCGUCGCGUCGACGGGCCUUCAAGUGUCAACGACCAGUAAAGAGGCGUUGCCGCUGCCGCAGAUCCAGUUUGCGCUGCAAAAGUACCUCGAGCGCGACCCGUUCGAGGCGGCGGCACAGAACGCCCACGGCGUCGUGCUCUCGCAGCUCGGGUUGCACGCCGCGGCGGCCACCGCGUUCGAUUCGGUGGCGACGACGUCUGCGAUCCUGCAAGGCAACAUUGUUCGCAACUACAUUGCUGCCAAGCAGUGGCCCGAGGCACUGGCGGCGUGGACGGUCCUCGAGACCGAGGACGACACGACCAAGCAGCUCUUGGCGGCGCAGGUCUCGUGCGCGAACGAUAUCUAUACCGGUUUGAACCGCUUUGGCGACGCGCACGCAGCGCUCCAGCGCAUUCGGUCGCCGGCGUCGGCCCUCCAUGUCGCCCUCGCCACGUACGAAGCCGAGUUCAAGGCGUCGCGCUCGCUGUCGCCAGCCUCGAUGGCAGCGCUGCAGGCGCUCAUGAAAGUGCACCCGCGCCACGCCAGCAUCGCCGCGACCCUCGCACGCGUCGAGCUCGAUUGGGCGACGUAUUGGACAACGUCCAACGGCGACGACAAGGACAGCCGCGACAAAGAGUCGGUACCAUCGGACCUGUGCGAUGCGGGGCUUGUGCCCGCGUGGCUGGACGCGGUGCAGAGACAAGACGGGUCGGCGGUGUCGAUUGCGGCGCUGGCGCACCUUGUCGCCGCGUCGUCGGCGGUGACGCGGCCGGCCGCGACGGCGCUGCCCGUGUCUCGUCAUGUGCACGCGAUCCUCGAUGUUUUUACAGUGUGGACGCCGCCGCGCGCGACAGUCCAAGCCUGGUACCGCGAGAACCCGCGCGAUCCCAACGCCUGGCGGGCACUUGUCUUGACGCUCUUCAAACGCUAUACCGCGACCCACGACGCGUCGAUUCUCAAGACCCUCGGCCUCUACUUGAAGAUGAAGAAGGAGGCGCAUCUCACGUGGGAGUGGCAUGUGCUCAUGAGCGGCUACUGCGCGUGGACGCACGAUGCGACGGGCGCCAAGACGCACGCGGCGUCGGCGUCGACGCUGGCGGCGUCGAUGCCAAAUGCGUCGUUGUACGCAGCGCGAUCGGUGGUGUUUGUGGACCCCGCGGCAGCCCUCGCGCUCUACCGCACGUCGCUGCGUGGCAGCGCGGACGACGUUGUGCUGGCCGAGGUCGCGGCUCUUGUGACAGCGCUGGGGUGGCCGAAAGCUGCGAUCCGUAUCUGGAAGGGUCUGCACCAGCUCGACGACAAGUGGAAAUUUAUGGCGAUCGUCCAGCGCUACGUGCUCUCGCUCGGCGUCGAGUCGCCCAAGGUCCUUGCCAAGUACCUGAAGGAAAUCCAGAAUUUCGUCAAGGACGACGCCGAGACGAGUGCACGCGCCGAGCUCGUCGCGCAGCUCGUGGCCUUGACGCCGUAACUUGUCUCCUGUUGCGUAGCAAGCUCGAUUUUGAACGGUUCAACAUGGCGUCUUUUCCCGACGCUCAAGA